AAUGACAAUGCCGUCAGCACCCGGGAGGGGUCCUUGAACAACCAGAUGGUGGCUGGAUUUUUCUGCCAGUCAUCAGUUUUCAUCUGAUUGCAGCGCAGGUGCAGAAGGAGUUGUUUCUCAGCGUUCUCCCCUAACUUCCACUGUUCCUGUGUAUUCCUCCAGGAACCCUUAAAGGGACUCUUACAGCUGGGAGAAUUCCAGAGAGAGAGUAUUAUGAGGGAGGCCGAGGACUUGAUGCAUCGGCGCUGCGAGUAGGGAUUGCCACGUCUGAGAGGAUGCUGGGAAUCUGCAGAGGGAGACGGAAGUUCCUGGCUGCCUCUUUGACCCUUCUCUGCAUCCCAGCCAUCACCUGGGUUUACCUGUUUGCUGGGAGCUUCGAAGAUGGGAAGCCGGUGUCUCUGUCACCACUGGAGUCCCAGCCCCACAGCCCCCGCUACGCCGCCUCCAGCCAGCGGGAGCGGGAGAGCCUGGAGGUGCGUGUGCGCGAGGUGGAGGAGGAGAACCGGGCACUCCGCCGGCAGCUCAGCCUGGCCCAGGGCCGAGGGCCCGCGCAACGCCGGGGCAACCACUCCAAGACCUACUCCAUGGAGGAGGGCACUGGGGACAGCGAGAGCCUGCGUGCUGGCAUCGUGGCGGGCAACAGCUCUGAGUGCGGGCAGCAGCCGGUGGUGGAGAAGUGUGAGACCAUCCACGUGGCCAUCGUGUGCGCCGGGUACAACGCCAGCCGGGAUGUGGUCACUCUAGUCAAGUCCGUCCUCUUCCACAGGCGGAACCCUCUGCACUUCCACCUCAUCGCCGACUCCAUUGCUGAGCAGAUCCUGGCGACGCUCUUCCAGACCUGGAUGGUGCCCGCCGUGCGUGUGGACUUCUACAACGCUGAUGAACUGAAGUCUGAAGUUUCCUGGAUCCCCAACAAACAUUACUCUGGAAUUUAUGGUCUGAUGAAGCUCGUCCUGACCAAGACCCUUCCCGCCAACUUGGAGAGAGUCAUUGUCCUUGACACAGAUAUCACCUUUGCAACUGACAUUGCGGAGCUGUGGGCUGUAUUCCACAAAUUCAAAGGUCAGCAGGUCCUGGGCCUGGUGGAGAACCAGAGUGACUGGUACCUUGGAAAUCUGUGGAAAAAUCACCGCCCUUGGCCGGCCCUCGGAAGAGGUUACAACACAGGGGUGAUCCUGCUGCUUCUGGACAAGCUGCGGAAGAUGAAGUGGGAGCAGAUGUGGAGGCUGACCGCUGAGAGGGAGCUGAUGGGCAUGCUGUCCACGUCCUUAGCUGACCAGGAUAUUUUCAACGCCGUCAUCAAGCAAAACCCCUUCCUGGUGUAUCAGCUUCCCUGCUUCUGGAACGUGCAGCUAUCAGACCACACGCGCUCUGAGCAGUGCUACCGGGAUGUGUCGGACCUGAAGGUCAUUCACUGGAACUCCCCCAAAAAACUUCGGGUGAAGAACAAGCAUGUGGAGUUUUUCCGCAACCUCUACCUGACCUUCCUGGAGUAUGAUGGCAACCUCCUGAGGCGGGAACUGUUCGGCUGCCCCAGUGAAGCUGAUGUCAACAGUGAAAAUCUCCAGAAGCAGCUCUCUGAGCUGGAUGAAGAUGACCUGUGCUAUGAGUUCCGGCGAGAGCGGUUCACCGUCCACCGAACGCACCUGUACUUCCUGCACUACGAGUACGAGCCGGCUUCCGACAGCACGGACGUCACCCUGGUGGCGCAGCUCUCCAUGGACAGGCUCCAGAUGCUGGAGGCCAUCUGCAAGCACUGGGAGGGGCCCAUCAGCCUGGCCCUCUACCUGUCAGACGCCGAGGCCCAGCAGUUUCUCCGCUACGCGCAGGGCUCCGAGGUGCUCAUGAGCCGCCACAACGUGGCCUACCACAUCGUGUACAAGGAGGGCCAGUUCUACCCCGUCAACCUGCUGCGCAACGUGGCCAUGAAGCACGUGGGCACGCCCUACAUGUUCCUGUCCGACAUCGACUUCCUGCCCAUGUACGGGCUCUAUGAGUACCUCAGGAAGUCUGUCAUCCAACUCGACCUCGCCAACACCAAGAAAGCGAUGAUCGUGCCUGCCUUCGAGACGCUGCGGUACCGCCUCUCGUUCCCCAAGUCGAAAGCGGAGCUGCUGUCUAUGCUGGACAUGGGGACGCUCUUCACCUUCAGGUACCACGUCUGGAUGAAAGGACACGCACCCACAAAUUUCGCCAAGUGGCGGACCGCCACCACGCCUUACCGGGUUGAAUGGGAGGCCGACUUCGAGCCGUAUGUUGUCGUGAGACGGGACUGCCCUGAAUAUGACCGGAGGUUUGUGGGCUUUGGUUGGAACAAGGUGGCUCACAUCAUGGAACUGGAUGCACAGGAAUAUGAAUUCAUCGUGCUGCCCAACGCCUACAUGAUCCACAUGCCUCAUGCCCCCAGCUUUGACAUCACCAAGUUCCGGUCCAACAAGCAAUACCGCAUCUGUCUCAAAACCCUGAAGGAAGAGUUUCAGCAGGACAUGUCUCGCCGCUAUGGCUUUGCUGCCCUCAAAUAUCUCACUGCUGAGAACAACAGCUAGCACCAAGAGGCCCACCGCUAGGGAGAGACAUUCUGUAAGAAGAGAGCCACUCGCUGUAUGGGGCCCUGCCUUCAAACUCAAAAUGGAGCAAUGCUUUUUUGGUUUGUUUUUAUUUGUCUCUUUGGCCCAACAAAGCUGCUCUCAAUGCAGAGUUCUGGGACAAGGAUCCGGCCAACCCCUCUCUGCCCCAUGACCCGGCAUUCCCAGAGUGUGGAAAAAUAGUCCAUCUGCAUAGUCUCUUCAAGGAUGGGAUGCAGAGGGGUGAGAGGGAGCAAGAGGGUUAUAUUCCCACAAAGCCACGCACAAGCGGGUCUUUAGGAUGGUCUGGUUACCUUCUGUGAAAAGGAAGUCAGGGUGUUGGGGGUUAGCCAUCCAAGAAAUAAAAAGCAAACUUGUCUCUUCAUUCAGAGGAAACUUUCUUCUUUGCCCUGCAGUCUAGCUGGGUAUCAAAAUGGAGGGCAACCCAAUGAUCAAAAUCAACCAUUUGAAAAAAAAAAUUAGUGGGGACAUUGAUUGUACCUGGAGGGAACUGGAGAUGGGUUUGGUUGGUUCUUUAUCCUCAAGGUCACUUUUGUUUUGUUUUUCUUUGUUUUUGUUUGUGGGGAUUAUGUUUGUUUGUUUCUCUUGGGUCUGAGACUCCAAAAUAGAAAAUCUGGUCUUUUAAGAUUCUGAAGGAAAAUCAACUGCCUCAACCAAUGUCCCUCUAUCAGUCAUGACCCAGCAGGAAGACAAAAGUCUGCAGCCAAUGUUUAAACACGGGUGGCUUUCUUGGGGACUCUCACUGAGACCCCCACAGUUUUGAAUUCACUACUCUCCAGAACCGGGGACAGAAAUGAGGACGGCAGGAAUAUGGGGGCCGACUGUUUUACAACCAGUCACCUUUUCUAUUGGCAGUGACCAAUUCAUGAGGAAAGGGCUCUGAAGGAACUGUUUCCAUGCACACGAAAGGUACAAACCUCUCAGGCCUCUAGAAGAACUUAAAUAACCCAGGCGAGCCCAGUUCUGAAGAUUCACGAAUCCACUUGGAGUCCUACGGGAGCAUUCAGUUGGGUUCCUCUGUGUCCACACCUGCUUCACCCCUGGAAGGGAUGAGGUCACGACCUUGGGCUCCCUUCAGGACCUGUCCAAGGGUAGGCAAGCACCUUCACUGUUCCACAGAUUGAGGAGACACUGGACUUUUUACCCAUUUUCUUGAAUCUUCAAUAUUAAUGUUGUGUUUACAUUGAUGAGAACCAGAAUCAAUGCUGGGCUGUUUGUAUUGAGUUGCCAUGUGACCAGCAAAUGCUGCAUUCAAUAAACGAACAUACGGACUGUUUCUUCCUGUGCCCUCCCCUUCAUGUAGGAAACCGGAGACACCAGUGUAGAGGGCCAACUCGAUAAACAGCAAGUUUACACCUUCUGUUCUCCUGUUUCAUUUCUCUCAUCAUUUGAAUUUUCACCUUUCUGUCUCCCCAUUAGAUCUCACUUUAUCCUCUGACCCUCAAAGUGUAUUCAAAUGUUCCAUCGGGUUUCUGUGUCCAUGCUGAAGCCAGAUGUUUUAUAGACCAGAUGUGGACCAGCAAGGUAAAUCACGGUCACUGUUCCGGCAGUCAUUUGAAAACCCACAGUAAUCUGAGUUAUGAGACCCCGCAGUAUGCUGUGUGCUCAAAUGGAUCUGCCAGAUCUAGUCACUCAGAUGGAUUUCACAACCAGGAGAGCUUAUACUCGGACUUAUCCUCACUCAGAUAUAAACAAGUUGUGUGUGUGUGUGUGUGUCUCUUGUCAGUAUCUUUUAUAUAUAGCACAUAUGCAAUGUUGAUUAUUACAAAAAGUAAUGCACAACUACUGUAAAAAGGAAAAUUCUGCAAAACUAUUCACAGUAAAAAGUUCAGUUAAAAAGUCCAUUUCUCCGUUGGUGUGUGGGAGCCAGUUCCAACCAGCACCAAAGAACUUACUGGGUGCAUCUCUUCCCACUCCUGCAUUCAGUAACAUCACCUUCAUAUCUUGAAAUUGGCUAUGAUGGGAAUAUUUCUAUUCUGAAAAAAAAAAACAAAAAACCCACAAAUCAGGGCACACACCCCCGAGAGCCGGUUAUUUGACAUUGACCGGCACGCCACAGGUACUGUACACACACACAGGUGCUGAAAAUCUCUCUGCCUUCUCCACUGUGAGUGAUGUGUUGAUACCAUUUUUUGAAUGACUCAUUACCAGCUACCUGAAUCAAGUGAAAAUGUGCUGCACUAGUUCUUCAGUGUUACAAGUCGACGUUGAU